AUGUUUUUACAGUUAACUGCUAGUCUUAUAUCGAAUCGUCCGGAACACAGUAUGAAGGAGAUGCUUGGCGGGUGCUGUGUAUGUUCUGACGAGAGGGGAUGGACGGAAAAUCCGCUUGUCUAUUGUGAUGGUCAAGGCUGUACUGUUGCUGUUCACCAAGCGUGUUAUGGAAUUGUAACAGUACCAACUGGACCAUGGUAUUGUCGAAAAUGCGAAUCUCAAGAGCGUAGUGCACGUGUUCGUUGUGAAUUAUGUCCAAGUCGAGAUGGAGCACUUAAGAGAACAGAUCAAGCUGGUUGGGCUCAUGUUGUCUGUGCACUUUACAUCCCAGAAGUUAGAUUUGGUAAUGUUACAACAAUGGAGCCAAUUAUUCUUCAACUUAUUCCAUCAGAAAGGUUUAAUAAGAUAUGCUACAUUUGUGAAGAACAAGCUAGAGGUAGCAGAGCUACAGUCGGAGCAUGCAUGCAAUGCAAUAAAACUGGUUGUAAACAACAAUUUCAUGUCACGUGCGCUCAGGCGUUAGGCUUACUUUGUGAAGAAGCUGGAAAUUAUCUCGACAAUGUCAAGUAUUGUGGAUAUUGUCAACAUCAUUAUUCAAAAUUGAAAAAGGGUGGAAACGUUAAAACUAUUCCUCCUUAUAAACCAAUUCCAGCAGAUAACGGGUCUUCUGAUUCUUCUCCAGAAAAAGAAAUAGAUUUACCUUCAAAAACCUCUACAACAGUAAAACGUAAAAGCUCCAACCUUAAGUCAUCGACAACAUUAAAUUUAAAAAAUAAGUUAAAUACUAGUCCAAGUUUAGAUGUUGAUGGAGUUAUAGAUGAAAAAAAUGGCAGUGAUCGCAAUAUUCCAAAAGAUGCUACGUCGUCAUCAACUCCAGGUUCUAGUAAAUUUACGACUUCGAAUUUUGUAGAAACAGUUGUUACUCAAUCAGAGAGUGUAUUUGGUCACGAAAACAGUAGCAGUAGUACCAUUUCUUCUGAUUUAGUUUCUACAGGUGGUGUUAAACCUGGAACAAAUAUUAAUUUCACACAUAAAAAUAAUAAUCAUCCUAAAUCAAGUUCAUCAAUCAACAAAUUAAAUUAUUCAAGUAAAAAGCGUAAAACUGGUACGCAUACACCAACGGCUAUAGGUAGUGAAAAUUCUAAUAAUUCUGUUAGUUCUGAGGCUAGUGGAUCAGUUGUUACAGUCAGCUCUAUUAUUCAGUCAAUAGCAAGUAAUUCAGUCCAACCGACAGUUACUGAAGCAACAAGUCUUAGUACUGUAUCUGAAUUAGAAAAAUUGAAACUAACAUCUGAUAAUUCCUUAAAUUCAAACACAUCAAAUAUUUCUACAACAAAUGUAUCAACCACGACACCAGUGAUAAUAUCGUCGCCAUCGACUCAAACACAUACUACUACUACUGCAACUAGCAUCGUCGUAUCAGUGCCACUUACUGCUACUUCUCUUCCAAAUUUUGCACAGACCGUGGUAACCAGCGCUCCUACUCUUUAUCAACAACUUCAACAGAGUAUGUCUACAAUUGCAGUUACAAAUAAUGAUCAGUCGGACUCUGUUACUUACCCAGAUCACGAUCCACCAGAAGAUUCACCAGCUAAAAAAUUACGAUUGCAGUCAACAGAUAAACAAGAAAAAGUUCGGAAAACUAAGCGGGGAUCUACUUUAAAUAAUCCAUCAUUGUCUAUUCCUCCUGUGCCAGUAUCAUCGAUUUCUUCAUCAACCUCCAGUACUACUAUCAGUAUUGUUAAAACGUCUAAGCGUAAUCUAGCGCGAAAUAAUUCUCAGACACAAUCAUUAUCAGUUGCUCCAAUAUCGUCUAUAAUUCAAGGAACUACUACAGCCACUGGAAAUUUUAGUAGUAUUACAUCUGCUACUGGAAGUACUAUGAGAUCUGUAGUUAAGGAUUCUCCACCAAGCAGCCCAAGUUCAGAAAGUAUGAGCAGUACUGGGCCAGGAAGAAGGAAAAAAAAGAGCGUAGAAGAUCACGAUUCUAUUACUCCGUUAUCAUCUAUAAAUAUGACACCCACACCUUUAGCUAGUAACACAAAAGAAGAAAAGGAAGUGAAACUGUAA